AUGGUUAGGGCUUGGAUCCUCCUUGUUCACACAGAUAAAAUGCCCCCGCCGCUCUUCACCACAAAUUCUAUGUCCAUCUGUUUCAGGAGUCGGACGGAAAGAAGGAGACGAAGAGAUGGGUUCAGGGACAAGACAUCCAGCGUCUCCCAGCUGGAGAUCCCCCCACCCAUCGAGGAAAGGCUCACGCUGGAAGAAGCGUCCUCCUGGAAGCGCUCAUUUGAUUGCGUGCUGGCGAGCCCGGCUGGCCGGAGCGUCUUCGUAGAGUUCCUGCGGACAGAGCACAGCGACGAGAACAUGGCCUUCUGGCUGGCCUGCGAGGAGCUCAAGAGGGAGCAGAGCCAGGAGCAGGUCUGCGAGAAAGCCAAGAAGAUCUACCUGGAUUACAUCUCCAUCCUGUCCCCAAAGGAGGUCAGCAUCGAUGCGACCGUGCGCGAGUCAAUCAACAGUUCCCUGGCGAGGCCCAGCGCGCACAUAUUCAACGAGGCCCAGGCACAAGUCUAUGCCCUCAUGCACCGAGACUCCUACCCCAGGUUCCUGAGCUCACCCCUGUACAAGUCGCUGGAGCAGAGACUGUCCGCCCUGACUUGUGACACAUAGCAAAGCCCCUUGCACGCACGCACGCACAUUUCAGGAUACGGCCAGCUCCUUCAGCUUCAUGCCAGCUCGUCAAGGCACCGGGGUAGACCGGACAGAGCCUCAGUUCUCUCUCUCUCCGUGGGUGAAGCCACUGGUGUUUUGAUAGCGAUGCUGAUCUAGAACUUAUUCUAGUCUGUCUGAACCAAACAAGAUGUAACUCAUGCUGGGUUUGGGGAGGAUUUCACUAUGGCCUGUAGAGAUGGGAGAGCCCGGGGUCCUAGAAUUCAGAGCCUUUCAGAGCAUUGCUUGUCCUAGAACUUGGAUGGUAUCUGAGCUGGUGUGGUUCUAGAGCACAGGUGGUAUGUGUGGCCUGGACCAUGGUCCUAGAAUGUGGAUGGUCACAAGCUGGAGUGGGAUCUACAGUGUGGCUUGUGUCUGAUCUAGGAGUUCUACCACAUGCCUUGUACAUGAGUCUGGGCUUCUAGAACAAAGAUCACAUCUGAUCUGUGAUGGGUUCUAGACUGUGGAGCCUUCUAGAACUGUGGGGGCUUUUAGGAUCGUGAAUCUUCUAGAGCUUGAAGCUCUGUGUUUUUGUUUUAGGGACGAGAAAAAUUCUCCACCCAAAAUUAAUUGUAUUUCAGAAUUUCUAAGAGUUUUGUAAGCAUUUUUCCCACUUCUCUGAGCUGAGUCAACACAGCUCAGCUAGUCACUUAGUACUGGAGCAGGUCCCAGCUAGCCAGCACAUUUAAAAUCUGGCCAAGUAGCUCACAGGCCCAGCUCUAGAUGGUCACUAGAGAAGAGACUAACAUUAUUCUAUUUAACAGUUGGAGCUGCAAACAUAUAUUUUGUCCAGUGAAUGCAAAAAAAUAAAAAAUAAAAAAAUCCACCGGGGAUUAAUUAAAAAAAAUUACUGGGCAAUGAUUUGGCUGGUACAUACCAGACAUUACUAGCCACUUGCUAGUUUUUAGGACCACAUAUGCAAAGGUGGCUACUUGUUUUGGGUGUCCGCUUUUAGCCACCUUGGGCAUGACUUUCAGAGGCAGCGAGCCCCCAGAAAUCUAAUGGGAGUCACAUGCACCCAGAAAAGCGUCUCAGAGGCAUCUUGCAUUAGGUGCCCCAAAAUGAAGCUGCCCCCUCCAAAAAAUCCUGCCUGAAAAUGUUGGCUAUUUUAACAGCUCCUCUCAUUGGCUCUACAAGAUCACCCAAGGUAUCUCUUGUGUUUUAUGAUUUGUGGCCAGUCCUAUCUACCUCAUUCUAAGAGACUGCAACUUCUACAUGUCCAAGUCCU